CCCGUCGACUCCUUUCCGGCAAUUGCUCUAGUGUCAUCCAAUUCAUAAUUUACAAGAACAGAAAGUUAUGGCGUUGCGCAAAUAUGUUAGCAACCCAAAGGAAGGUGGAGAGGAGGCAGGCAAGAGAACAGAACCAUUUAGGUGGAUGAUUGAUGGUUUCUCAACGAUUGCAAAUCGUGGUGCUGAUAUGUAUUACUCGAGGAGUUUCACAGCUUGUGGUUUUAACUGGAAGUUGCAACUGGCAUCAGUUUUAGAAGAAGAUGGUGAGAAAUAUGUUGGUAUUUACCUCUUGAAUGAUGAUGCAGAUUCAAAAAUCUCAAAGAUCAAAGCAAUCUACAAGCUCUUCAUAUAUGAUCAACUACAUGCGGAGCACAUACAAAAGGAAGGUGAAAACUAUUUCCAUAGCAAAUCCCAUGGAUUUUGUUGUAAGGUUGCAUCGAACAAGUUCAACUGUUCAAAAUCUGGUCUACUUGUCAAUGAUCGUUGCGUCUUUGGAGCUCAAGUUUUGGAGGCUUUUGCAUGCCAAUCAGACGAAAAAGGAAUCCAUGAAUCCUUGUCCCUUAACAAAGACCUAACUCCUCGAAUAUAUACUUGGGUAAUCAAGGAUGUUUCCAAAUCAAAGGACAAACUAAUUUCUGGAACUUUUGCUGCAGGCGGCUACAGCUGGCGUAUCUGGCUCUAUCCAAACCUAGCCACAUACAAAGACUGCCUUGGUGUUUUCUUGAUGAUGGACAAUGCUGCUAGUCUUUCUUCCAAGACAAGUGUCUAUGUGGAUUUUAGCCUUUGCUUGUUGGAUCUACACAAUGCCAACCAUCGGAAGCUUACAGUGAAAUAUUUGUUCUCGUCAAAGAGUGCCACUGUGGGAUUUCCCAAGUUCUUAAGCUGGAAAGAAGUACAAGAUCCAUCUAGAGGAUUUCUGCUCAACGAUACAUGCAUCGUCGAAGCAUCCGUUGUGGUCCUUGGAGUAGACACCAUUCAUUGAACAAGAACCAAAAGAAUUCAUUUUGACUUAACUCAGAUUGUCUGUUCCUUCUUUGCAUGUCCAUUCAGUAUAUAUCAAGCAUGUCUGAAAUAACA